AUGGAUACUAGACUUCGUGCGAGUCCCGAACAAUUUAGUUUGCUAAUAGAAUUUAUGGAAAGCCAUGUGGGUGGAUGUGGUGUUAACAAAACUUCCGACAAAUGGAAAAGGGUAUGGGCUGACUGGAAAACCAAAGCAAAAAAGAAAGCCUCCCUUAUAAAUCGGGACAUUCAUGGCACUGGUGGUGGGUCUGGUAGGGGAAAACCAUUAAGUCGACUUGAGGAAAGGGUGUUACGUGUAAUUGGUGUCACAGUAAUUGCGGUGACCCCAAUCACCGCAAUUACUGGAAGUCAAGCCAUACAAGAAGUAGGCUUUCAAGAACCAUCUCAACCUCAAGUGAGCAAUACAGCUGAUACAGCAGGGAGGAUGUCAUCACCAGCAGAAAUUGAGCUCUUGGAAUUACAAUCAGCUGCAGAAGAUACACCCAUAACAGUGCCAGCAAAUGUAACAUCUCCACCAGCACAUCCUGUCAGUCCUGUGCCAGGACCUUCAAAUAGUAGAACUAUACAAGGAGAAAGGUCGCUGGUAUCUGCCGGCCCUUCUACACCUCGUCAUCGCCGUCUCAGACAGCGAAAACUGCGACAAACAUCAUUUGACCGAGCCACCAGCGAGUUUGUAGCAAUAGAGGUGAAUCGCUUGCGUUUCGAAAGGGAGAGGGAUGCGCGUCAACACGAGCUUGAAACUGAACGACUCAAAAUAGAAGUACAACGUCUGCAACUGGAUAGAGAGCGCGUUCGGGUCGAAGAAGUCCGCACCCGCGUAGAGGCAGACCUACGUGACUACAUCCAAGAAUUAAAUUUAAAAAUUACAGCUCUUAUGUCACUAUUGGAGACUCGUGAUUUGAGACCGAAUUAG